AAACAGAAGCAAAAUACUGGAGGGAAGUCCUGAUAGGCCUGUGAGGGAUCCAUGCCGAGCUAGCUCUGGACCAGAAGGAGAAAGCCUUGGGUUCCUGUCCAGAUUCCUAAUUCUCAGAAAGGGCCCACCAAGUGCCCUUCUCUCCGGGCCAGUUCCUGGUCAAUGACAUGGAAAUGCAAGGACUAGACAAGGUGAUGUUUAUAGCUUGGUUUUCUGGAAUCUCCUUGGCUAGGGCACUGAGUAGCUGGCAGGAACUGGCUGUCAUGACCUGGGGACCACCUCCAUCUCCUUCCUGGAUGGCCCCGCUAGACCUGGGCGGGACAGUGGCUACAAUUACUGGAGGCUUACCCUGUGGUUAUAGCCCUGACCUCGGACUUGGGGCAGGAAGGGUGGGCCAGCUGGACCAGCCUGUGGCUCUGGAGACUCAUAGUCUUGGGCUUGGAGCUGCUCGGUUAGGAAGAGCUCUCAGGAAAUUUCAGCCAAUUGCUCGCGGCUACUCCCUAAGUGCACCUCCAGCGGUUUAUGGGGCACGAUCCUGUCCAUCUCUAAGAUGCUCCUGGCCUCUCCCUCCACCCCAUCCAGGGGACGGACCCCCAGCGCCGUGGAGAGGCUGGAAGCUGACAAAGCCAAGUACGUCAAGACACACCAGGUGAUAGUGCGGCGCCAGGAGCCAGCUCUGCGGGGAACCCCGGGACCACUCACCCCGCACGUGUGCAAUGAGCUGGGUCCCCCUGCAACGCCCAGGACGCCCGGACCCGCCCGCCGGGGCAGCGGCAGGCGGCAACCAAGGCCAGACUCCCUCAUCUUCUACCGCCAGAAGCGGGACUGCAAGGCUUCGGUGAACAAAGAGAACGCCAAGGGCCAGGGGCUGGUGCGCCGCCUCUUCCUGGGCGCCUCCCGGGACACUACUCCGAGCAGCCCCGGCCCAACGGAGCGACCUGGAGCUCCUGGGGCUUGGGCGGCGCCCCAAGAUGUCCCCGAGACUGCAGGCAAACGGCCGCUGUGCCCCACGUGCUCGCUGCCUCUGUCCGAGAAGGAGCGCUUCUUCAACUACUGCGGCCUGGAGCGCGCGCUGGUGGAGGUGCUGGGCGCCGAGCGCUUCUCUCCGCAGAGCUGGGGCGCCGACGCCAGCCCCAAGGCCGGAACUUCGCCGCCGCCUGGCUCCGGAGACACUAGCGACUGGACCUCCAGCGAGGGCGGUGCGGGCAGCCCGGACAGUGCGGCCGCUGGCGGCGCCUGCUCGGAGGCGGCCGGCUCUGCCCGGGACGGGCGGCCCUCGGUGUCGGUGGUGGAGCGCAACGCGCGCGUCAUCCAGUGGCUGUACGGCUGCCAGCGCGCCCGCGGCCCGCCGCGCGAAUCCGAGGUGUGACCGCGCCUGCCGGACCGUUCGAGCGCGGGGCUGGACCAGCGCACCGCGCUUUGGGGAAGCCCUUCCUCCGGGUCUCCGUGGCCCUCUCCAAACCUUGGGAAGGUAGGACCCUGGGAGCCCGCAGUCCCUCCCAGCGCUGGCAGCAGAGAGGGACGGAGUGGCCUCGCGACCCCUGCGGAGAACGGGCCGGGGAACGGUGAUUAAAGUGACAGAUGCGCAAACCUACUGAAUAAAGCUAAAACGUUAUUAAAUGGGCCAUGCUUUUGGUUUGGGGUGGGGUGGGGUAGAUGUUGAGGAAGGGGGCGACGAAUAGGUUUGGGAGGGUAAGCGUGUGGGUCUGAGGCAGAAACCCUGGGCAACGUACUCAGCCUCUCUGGACCAAAGUUGCACCUCUCAGUGAUUAACGAGGGGACAGGAUAGUAAAUUAAAAUGUUUUGAAAUGAUUGUAAUACCCGUGGCAAUAUGCCUGGAAUGUGCUCAAUAAAGAAUGGCUGCUUUAACCACUA